GGAGUUUGGUGUUGACUUGGGUGUUGCCUCCAUCGCAGACUGGAGUGUUGAGAUUGACCGCGCCGUUACUCCCUGCCAUCAGCCCAUUUAUUCACCUCUCGUCUCGUCUAAACAGGCCGCCAUGGGAGUCGAAGGCUGCACCAAAUGUAUCAAAUACCUGCUCUUCUUCUUCAACUUCAUCUUCUGGCUGGCAGGAUGUGUGAUCCUGGGCGUGGCCUUGUGGCUGAGACACGACCCCCAGACCAGCAGCCUCCUGAAUACCAACUUUGAUGGAGCCCCGGCGCCCAGCACCUUCUACAUCAGCGUCCACAUCCUGAUCGCUGUGGGCGCGGUGAUGAUGGUGGUGGGCUUCCUCGGCUGCUACGGUGCCAUCCAGGAGUCUCAGUGUCUGCUGGGAACUUUCUUUGCCUGCCUCGUCAUCCUGUUUGCCUGCGAGGUGGCUGCUGGCAUCUGGGGCUUCAUGCACAAAGACACUGUGUCCAAGGAGAUGAUCAACUACUACGACUCCAUCUACGAUAAAGCCAUGGAGCAGAGUAUUGGUGAGACAGACAGGAAGAAGGCUGCUGCUUCCGUGCUGAAAAUCUUCCAUGAGACGCUGAGCUGCUGUGGCAAAGGUACGGGCACCUCCAUUUUCACCCACAUCACCGAUGCUCUGGGUGUCACCGACCUCUGUCCCAGCUCUGGAACAUCAGUUAACUGCCACAGUCGCAUCCGUGAGCUCUUCUCUGAUAAAAUCUACCUGAUUGGUAUUGCCGCCCUGGUGGUCGCUGUCAUCAUGAUAUUUGAGAUGAUCUUCAGCAUGGUUCUGUGCUGCGGCAUCCGCAACAGUCCAGUCUACUAGAACCACCCAGGAAGGACGAGCUCGCCCCCCACACCUGUCCUCACCCCCACUUUUCGUCUCUCUCCCUGCCGUCCGUCCGUGACAGGAAACUUAUUUAGCUUGCUGGAUUCCAUACGGCACGGGCCGUCCUCCGCCGAGCUCGUCCGGGUCCCUCCGUCGCCGCUGUUCUUGUGUGUUUUUUGUGGAUGCUGGAGCGAAGCUGGCACGUAGAUCCCAGCUCACACGCCUCGCUAUUGAUGGUUAUUGUUUAGUUUGCUGUAUAAAGUCUAUGUAAAUAUAAAUGUUAACAUACAGUGCUUUAUGACUGCUUGAGCAUGGAUAGCACUAGAUCCUUCCCGCCGCCUGUCCCCGCUCCACCAGGUGAUGGCGCUAACCCAGCUGCAACCAAAGCCCUCACGUGGUUUGUUAUGUCCAACUACUUGUUUUUUCUACAUGCUUGCAUUCUAUAUUGUAGAACAGCGUGUUUGACCGCCACGUUUGUGGACGCUAAGCAUCCUGCUGUCAAUCAAAAGGAGCAGCCUUAACGACCAAUCAGACGCUGAUAAUCAGACACUGAUGACAGGAUGAAAGUGUCUUGUUGCAUUUCCACUCCAGUACUACUAGAGGACCCCGUUGCCUUGCAUCCUCUCCUAUUCUUGUCUGGUACGUCCCCCAGGGGCGGGGGCCGGGCGGCAGGGGGAGCGAGCGUGCGGUGGAUGGAAACGUGCGCGCCAAGGAGCCGACGUCCUCUUUGCCGUGCCCUGAUUGGCUGCCAGCAUCCAACACCACCUCUUCUGAACCGCCCCCGACCCCCCUGCUCCUGGUGACUUGUUUGCCCAAAUAUAAAUAUAAAGGGAUUAAAUGUAUUUUACAAAAAUUCA